AUGUAUGGUUUUCUCUCGAAUCUGGCUCUAGCUGCCCUAACACCCUCUUCUGGUCCCUCCACGGCAUGCAAAGCCUCGCCUUUGGAUGCUUCUUGGCCUUCCGUCAAUGAAUGGACUGCCCUGAACAGUUCCAUUGGGGGAACCCUCGUUCAAGCUGCACCUGUUGCAUCUUCUUGCCUCAGGGGAAACCCGUUCAGCUCGUCUCUCAACUGCACCGAGGUCCAGAAUCACUGGUCCUAUGCCGCCAACCACUCCGGAUGGCCGGAAAGUAAUGACUACUCUAUCUGGAACAACAAUUCAUGUGUGCCCCCCGGGGUAGACGGUUACACUGAGGAUAGAGGGUGCAGCAUUGGAGGAAUGCCUCAGUACAUCGUGGACGCUCGCUCUGAGUCUACUGGACAUGAUCUCAGCGGCCGAUCAACGGGAGCAUAUUCGCUCUCUAUAUGGACGCACAAUUUCAAUCGCAUCCAGUAUCAGCAAGGAUGGCGGAUCCCUGAAAGCAAUGAUACAGCAGAUGUUCUGAUCUGUGGUGGUGGAAACAACUGGGGCAACGUUUACAACGCGGCUCACAAAGUCGGCAAGACGGUUGUGGGAGGAGAGGAUGCAACUGUGGGCCUCGGAGGCUUGAUCCAGAACGGGGGUCACGGAAUUUUGUCGAGUUCAUAUGGCUUGGCAUCUGACAAGGUCUAUCAAAAUCAAGAUCUUUUCUGGGCCAUUCGAGGUACUGGUGGAGGACAAUCUGGUGUCGUCACCGAAUUCGUGCUUCAGACUCACCAUAUUCCGAAAAAUGUGGUCACGGGGGGUCUGACCUUCUAUCCACAAAGCAAAGACAAUGCUAGCGCAAACGCGUCUUGGUCUGCAUUUGCCGAGGUAGCGUCUUCACUUCCGGAUCUGAUGGAUCAAGGCAUCACUGGCUCCGUCAUGGUAGCCACGAGAGAAGGAGCUAUGAGCUAUACUGACCAAAGUGAAGCACUUGCGGGGCCCUCGGUGGUGCUUGGUUUCCUCAUGUACAACUCCACGGAAGAAAAUAUGAAUGCGACCUUGCAGGACCUGGCGGCAAACCUCACUCGUGUCAGUCUCAAUCAGGUCAACUUGACCUUGACAUCAUCCGAAACUCAGGGCUACUGGUCAUACGCAAAGCCCGAUUUUCUCGCUAGUCGUUCUGCAGGUGCGACCAGCUUAACUUCGAGUCGACUCCUCGGAAGAAAAGAGCUAUCUGACCUUCCCAGGUCUGAUCUGAUCCACUACCUUCAACAACUCUCCGCUGCUCAAGUCAUCAAGUCGGGCACUCUGCUUGUGUGGGGUCUACAAGGUGGAAAAGGGCCGGCCGGCACCGCCGAGAUUAGGCGUGGUAGUGUGCUUCCUGCCUGGCGGACAGCCUACGCCCAUGUCAUGUCCUACGGCGUCUCAGUCAACGCUACUGCCGACCCAAGCAAGGCUCUGGCUGCGGGAGCAGAAUGGCUCGAGACUGUCCUGGAGCCCGUUUGGCGGAAGUGGGCGCCCGAUACCGGAUCUUACAUGAAUGAGGGCAAUCCGUUCUCCAGAACUUGGAAGCAUGACUUCUAUGGCGAGAAUUAUCCGCGACUCCUUCGACUGAAGCAGAAGUAUGACCCAAGUGGAAGCAUCUUUGUAUGGAGUGGUCUUGGUAGCGAUCACUGGCGCUACGAUCUGCAAAGUGGCUUGUUGUGUCGAGUCCACCCGCAAUAG